CGCGAGAGAGAGAGAGCGCGCCUCUGGUCAAGAAGAAAAAUAAAAGCACAAUCUUUAGUCUCGUCGAAUCGAGGCAGAAAAAAUCCCCAAAUCGCCGCCCCCAAGAUCAUGCCGUAUCCUGCCGCCGGCGCCGCCGUCGGCACUCACCACCCUCUCCAAUAUGAGCCGCCCUUGGGGCCUGCUGCCUACUCUCCGCGCGGGGGAGACUCCUCCUCCGCCUGGGAGUUGCGGCCUUGGUCUCCUGUGCCCGCGGAGUCCCUCGCGCCGGAGAGAGCCGCCGCCGCCCGCCCUCCCCGUCAUGAGUGCUACUGGUGGCCUGCUUCCUUCAGCAGCAAUGCUCCGCCUGGGGGAGACUCCUCCUCCACCUGGGACAAGGGUGAGAGGCCUCGGUCUCCCCUGCCGGCGGAUCCUUUCGCGGAGUACUACGACAAGCUGGCCGGGUACUUUGUGGAGGCGGCCCGCCGCCUCCCCCUCGCUCAAAUCCCCUACCUCGCCCACUGCAUCAGACUGAAGGGUCUCGCCAUCGGCUUCGCCGACCCCGUCACCAACAUCCUCCUCACCACCAUCGACGCUUUCGCCCACACCGAGAAGUACAUGAUCUAUCCGGUGGACCGCACAGCCAUUGAGCUAACAAAACACAAGAUUACCUUCGCUGAUGGCGCUCGCAGCUCCUGGGUGGCUCUAAACAGAUUCAUGGUCUGCUAUUUUCGGUACCUCACGGGGACUCAAGCCGACCUUCUCCUCCACAAGGCUGGCUAUGAUCUCCGCGUUGCCAUUGAAGCUGUUGAACUUCAUAUUGCUGGCCCAAAUUAUUCUGAGCUGCUCCAGGAUUCUGCCAGGACCAAGACAGCAUUUGAGGACGCCGCUUACCCACGGUGUUCUGCGCCCAACCUCUUGCGUCUAAUGACGUCGAGUUACAGCCGUUCCAUGGUCGAGCCCAUCCUAGAAGAUUUGCGCCGAGGGGGGGAGCUCACAGCUGACUGUGUCUACAAGCUCUGCACGUUGCUGCGCCGUCCAUGGUCGUCGCCACCGCCACGCCCCCCUCCUCCUAUUCCUGGAACUUUUCGGGACAGGAGCGGCGGUGCCACCUUGAUCUUCUCCUUCGGAGAUGAUUCUUUUGUCACAACUCGCAUCUCAAAGGACGGUGUUGCCACAGCCACCGUCAGCUCAUCUAGUCCGACUUAUGCUGGUUGCUUGGAAGACACAACCAACCUGGUAAGUAUGUUCCCUAUCCACAGUGGGAGACUUGUCAGCCACACAGAGACCUUGGAGAGCCCAGAAUUUCUGCCGUUUCUCAAGUCGCAGCUACUUGAUAUGAUCCAUGGGGUGUAUCUAAAGGCCAUUGCUAUACUACCAGCUCGUGCUCUACGUGAGGGCCACCUCCUCCACUCUCUAGUAACAGCUGGUCACUGUUACGGACCGUUGGACCCUGUGUCCAAUAUUGUCGUCAACACAAUCUGGUAUGAUGCUACCUUUCCGUUGUCUAUCGCUUCCAAGGUUGGAGCAAUGGAUAUCCUUGACGCCCGCUCAAUGCACCGCAUUGAAUCCCGUUCAAUCGACGGCCUGGUUGCCUACCUCCGCAGAUCCCCCUCAAUAGAUGAGCAACAUGCCGUGACAAUCCUCUGCAGAAAUCGCUUGGACAACCCAAUCUUGGACUUAUCCAAUAUGCGUGAUGUGGCACUGGCCGCGAAACAUCCCCAGCCUGCUGCCUUUGGAGAAUUUCUCGAGCACGUGUCCAUUCAAGAGUUAUACAACCAGUACUGCCUUUCUAGGGUCCAGGGGAAUCCAGAUUCUGCUUUCGAGGUGCUCAAGACGGCUCUACUCCAGGAAACAAGUCAAACAACACGUGUUGCAUCACGAUUGAAAAGAUGCGCUCAUCAUAUGGAUGCAUCAGCUGCUUUGGAGCGGUCGUUCUUCAUGUCUCAACAAGAUCAUUUUCGUAGGGUGUUGGAAACGUUGCUGAUUGGCUAUGGCUACACUAAUCCCCUGGUACCACUAUACAAUCUCGGUGUCAUCUGUGGAGUGACGAGACAGAGAAACUACAGCUGCACGGAUGUUUACCAUGCCAAUUUUUUGGCUAGCUCAGAUGGUGGAUCAUCGUGGAAGCUGUUCUUCGCUGAAUUCUGGAACCAACCAGAUGAGAGAAUUGAAGAAUCAAAAAGGCCUUUUUGCUGCCCUAUACCGGAUUACCACGAAUAUCCUGGUCGCUGCGUCGUUUGCGAGAAUGGUUCGUGCAUCAUCGUGCAUCCACAAUCGCGCAAGUAUUACAUGGGAAACUCUUCACUUCCAUUUCCGAUACUAGGCCACCUCGGGGCUGAUACAAGUGAGAAAUUGGACUUUGACGUAAUUUACCCAAGUCUAUAGAAGGUGGAGGUGGAUACGCGGUGGACUUGUGGCUACAACAAGAAGGGAGGAUGGAAUGACUCUGUUCUUCGUGUGCUGCAAACUGUAGCCAGUGGAGUGAAUGAACAAUCCGUGUCUCCUACAGAUGCUGCGGACCAUGCCCUAUAGGCCCUAAUUUAGUUUCUGAUAGCCCUAUUGUUAGAUCGCAGAAAUUCCAGUACUUGCUCAGAACCAUUUGUGUGUGUAUGUAGAAUCUUUAUGUGCCCUGAUCACAUUUGAUAUAUCAGUUCUAGCCUCUGCACUAUGAAUUCCUCUAUUUGUUUCAUGUCUAAAACAAAGUGGAUUAUGCAUGUACCAUAUUAUUGAAUGUCUUUCUGUUUAGCUA